GUGAGGGAGUUCCUACUCCCAAGGUCCAAAAUCUAGUAAGCUUUGCGUAAACGUGAAGGGAAAAAACAUUUGGUGGAAAGACAACUAAUUAAAAAAAUAAAAAUUGGUUGAAGGAACUUGCAAUACAUUGAAAAUCUGAUUUUUUUUUUCUCUCUCUUCAACUUGGUGGUGGCGGCGGCGAAGGAUACGGCGGAGUUGGUGGUGCUACUGGUGGUUGCCGGUUAUGUAGCAACUCUUUAUAAAGGGAAAAAUCUAAUGUUUACCCACCAGAUUUUCUCCGGAGAAGAUGGCCGGAGCUAGCUGUGUUGAUCUGAUCUGAUUCUACCGAUUUUUUGAAGCAAAUAUUGUAUUUGUUCAUACCCAAUUUGCAGGAAAGGUCUUGUUGAUGUGAUCAAUAGAGAUGUCAUUCAAGAGCAUUGUCCGCGAGCUGAAGGAAAUGAAAAAUGGGAUAGGGAGUAUAUCAAGGAGAAGAGAAGUAGAAGGAAGGCAUUGGCGAAACAGAACUCGGUCACAUAUAGCUCCUGAUGUGGUUCCUUUUGAUUCCAAUCAACAAGGGCAAUGGGCAAAUAUACCACCAGAACUGCUUUUGGAUAUUAUCCACAGGGUUGAAGAGAGUGAGACAUCAUUUCCUGCUCGGACAGCGGUAGUCUAUUGUGCAUCUGUUUGCAAGUCGUGGAGGGAAGUUACGAAAGAGAUUGUCAAAACUCCUGAAGAAUGUGGUAGGCUUACAUUCCCUAUUUCACUAAAACAGCCGGGUCCCCGUGAAUCCCCAAUUCAUUGCUUUAUCAAACGGGACAGAGCUAAUUCAGUUUUCCGCCUCUACUUUGGUUUGACUCCAUCUGAGGAUGUGAGUGAUAAACUAUUGCUGGCUGCCAAAAGGAUCAGAAGGGCAACAAGCACAGACUUCGUAAUUUCAUUGGUUUCAGAUGAUUUUUCUCGAGCUAGCAGUACAUAUGUCGGCAAACUGAGAUCCAACUUUCUUGGAACCAAGUUCACUAUAUAUGAUAGCCAACCUCCAAGUGAUGCAGCGAUUCAACAUCGUGGUAGACUUAGUCGACGAUUCAGUGCUAAGCAAGUAUCCCCAACAGUAUCUGCAUGCAACUACAGUAUAGCCACCGUUUCCUAUGAACUCAAUGUUCUCCGUACAAGGGGACCUCGGAGAAUGCAUUGUGCCAUGCAUUCCAUCCCUUUCUCCUCUAUCCAAGAGGGAGGCAGUGCUCCAACGCCUACAUCAUUCCCACAAUCUUUCGAUGAGAGGCCUUCAAAAGCAAAAGAGCCAGCUGUAAAUAUCAGCUCAUCGGUGUCAGUGCCCUCUCGAGAGCCACUUGUGCUUAAAAACAAGGCCCCUCGAUGGCAUGAACAAUUGCAGUGCUGGUGCCUAAAUUUCAAAGGCCGCGUUACUGUGGCAUCCGUGAAAAACUUUCAACUAGCGGCAGCAGUUGAUCCAUCUCACAAUAUACCCGCUGCAGUACAAGAAACAACAAUUUUGCAAUUUGGGAAAAUUGGAAAAGAUAUCUUCACCAUGGAUUACUGCUACCCGCUCUCCGCCUUCCAAGCUUUUGCAAUCUGCUUGAGCAGCUUCGACACGAAACCAGCGUGUGAAUGAUUUCGUGCUCAGAUUGUAAAUCAUGAUGUUAUGAAUUAAUGUUUAGUCGAAGUUCUAAAUGCAAGGCAAUAUUUAUCAAUGAGAAUAUCAGUAUGUAACUAAUAUUAACUGCUGCUAAGAUAG